UCCGGCACGGCGGACACCUGGUCACACCUGUGAAAUCGUAACUCGCUAGGACUGCUUUACGCCUACACUCCUCAGUGCCACUUCACGCGCCAACAACCCAGGGUGGUCCCAGUUGCUCAUCCAAAUUUGUCUUGGGAGGGUGGCUUUUGGCAGUGCAGUAACACGCCGCAGAUGAGCGAGACCCCAAUUUCCCGCCUGGAAGUCCUCCUUUAGCGGAAUCAGAAUAGAAAAAAAAAAAAAAAAAAAAAAAAAAAGUCAUCGUUAUAUAGCAAACAAAAAAACCGUUUUUCUUGGGAGUCGUUCUGGGAUUCUAGAAAGCAUGUGACCUCUGAGACCUAACUAAGUGUAGAUGGAUGAUCCAUAACCUCAUACAGGUGGCUCAGAGUAAACCUGAGGAGUGGGGUUCUCAGUCUACCUGUGAACAGUGGCAGAUCCUCUGCUGCCUUAUCAUGUACCGCAGAGCUUACGUCUUGCUGGAAAGAGACCUAAAAGAGUUGAACCAGAACAAUUAUGUGGGUAUUACUGCUUUUCCUGUAAGUGAUGAUAUGCUGAAAUGGCAAGCUGAAAUUGAAGGUCUACAGAAUUCGAAUUGGCAUGGAUUAGUUUUCCAACUGACAAUAGACUUUACAUUGGAGUACAACCUUGCCCCUCCAGUUGUGAAAUUUAUAACAAUUCCUUUUCAUCCAAAUGUAGACCCAUAUACUGCUCAGCCCUGUAUAGAUUUUCUGAACGACCCCAAGAAGUGGAAUACAAGCUACACAUUGAGCAGUAUCUUACUUGCCCUACAGGUUAUGCUUUCUUACCCAGUGUUAGAAAAUCCAGUGAACUUGCAAGCAGCCCAGAUGCUGAUUAAAGAUGAAUCUAGGUACAGAAAAAUAGUUCGAAGGCUUUUCCUGGUGCCAUUACAAUUGGAAGAUGACAGUCUGCAGUUACCUCAAGACCAAGAUAAAUUGGUCAGAUCAGUUAAAUCAAUCUCAUUUAAUGAUUACUACAAGACAUGGUCUACAAUAGCCACAUCAAAAGCGACAGAAUACUACAGAAUUCCACUGCUUGAAGAUCCACAGUUCAUUGGACAGUAUUAUAAAUGGAAGAAAACUGAUCUACAACAUCCUAAAGAAUGGAAGUUAAAGUAUGCUGCUACCAAGUCUCAGCUUGCAAGAGAAAAUAGAAUGCUUCAUCAAGUCAGUGAUCCAAUUGAAAAGAAGCGCCUCUGGCCAACUCCAGAUAAAGUCUCUUCUGCUUCAAAAACUGAAGAAGAUUUUAAAAUAGACUUAGAGUCCUGGGAAGAGGAAGUGGACGACCUGGUUGCCUGGGCCAACACUCUCAGUAUAGAAAAUUUAGAAGAUGAGAACUAACACUCCAGGGUUUCAAAAACAAACAACCUCCACCUUAGCUCAGUUGCGUGGAGCAACUUUGGGAGACUGUCAGAACUUGUUUCUGUUUGUUCGUUUUUCAAGUCGACCAAGUAAAAAUUAGAAAAUACAAAUAGAAAUCCAUAGAUAUGUUGUUUGGAUCAUUGAACUCUGCUCUGUUUGGAACUAAGCCCAAUUAAUGAUACUGAUACCGGUGUUGAGAAUCUGGUCUGAGUCCCUUACCCCUGGUGUUGAAGAUGGAACACCCGACAAACACUGAGGCAAGUGCAAAAAGUUUUAUUUAAAGGAUAGAACAGAGGGGGAGGGGCAGGCUCCUCUGCCGAGGAGGGGGUCCAAGUUGGUACCUAAGGGAGUGGGGUGUCCUGCUCUUUUUAACCUUUCUUCUCAUGCCCCCUUCUCCCGCCAUCUUGCCUACAUGGCCAAAAGAUGGGAAAAGAGCCUCCCAGGGGUGCCUCUCCAUAUCUGCCCAGAAGGGCAGGAAGGGAGCUGCCCAGGAGGUGCUUCAUUAACAAGUUCUUGCAGGGAGGAACAAUUCCCUGAAGGCAGGUAACCUUGGCAACAGGUUGGAGGAGGGGGAAGUGUUCUGAAGGUAUUAGCAUUUUAUUUCCCCUUCAAUCAGCCCCCAUCUUCCUGACCCAAUCAUACAUUACCUACACUGAUUGCCCUUUUGCUCCAGGCCUCAAUCCACCUUCUGGAAAGGGAGUCCUUACUACAGUAAGGAGAAACGGAAAAUGAUUGCUCUGGCCGCUUUGGGCUGAGUUGGGUGAUGUGAGGCAAGCUGUGUGGGUUUCCCUUUUAGGAAUGUUCUAGAUCAGUCAAGGGUUCUGUGGUCAAAGUCUGGUUCAGAAAGAACAGGCUGUGAAGUGAUCUGGGAGAUGGGUGCUUCUAUGAGAGAAACAAGACAUGACGAGUGGAAUGAGAUUAAUACACAAUGAAUGUCAUAGCAUCUGGAACAUGUCAAUGAAUAUCACCACAAUGAUAGAAACCACUAAUUUUUCACCAGGAGGUUCAAGAGCUAAGUUGUUUCCAUGACAAGGCCAGUGAGGGCAUGGCCUCUACUUGGAAAUAUAAAUCUUUAAGUAUAUUAGUUACAUUGCCAGAGUUAUCAGGAAUAUACACACAACAUUUAGUGUUUAUAAUGUCAUAGAUGCCCCCAUAAGAUGUAGUUAAGAUAUCUAAUGUCAUCUGAUUUUUAUAAAAUGCCUCCUUAUUGGUAUAACCUCUGUGUUUAGUAGAGACCCCUUUUUUCCUGUUACUUAGGGCUAGAUAAUCAUACUAGCAAACAGAGCAAGUCCGCCUAUGUAGGCAGUCAGGAAGAUUUAUAGGUCUUAAACUGAUGACAAAAAUCUUCUAACACUGAUAGUCUCUUUUGACUAGGCACACCCGUCUAAGAAUCUUUCUUUCAUAGCCUCCAGUCUUUCUUACUCUUGGUGGGACUGACACAAGUGUACAUCUUAAGUUACACCAAAGAACAAUUGUCUUCCUUUUAAUUCUCUUGUCAGGUGUUUAAGACCAAGCUGGCCAAAUUGACCUUGUUCCUAUCUACUGUUCGGAGUCAGCUGAGUUUCCUUAGGGGGUGUUAUGAUUUGGAUGUGAGGUGUUCCUCCAAAGCU